CUAGAAACUAGAAAGAAUAUUAAAGAAACAAAAAGAGACCGCCUAGCUUCCAUGCUGCUAGUAGUUUCCAAGAUGGUACAGUAUAAGAAGCAGCCUGUGCGUUAAGGAACCUUUGGGAUAUAUACCAAAAUCUCCAGCCAAAGAAAAUGGCAAAAAAUAAUCUAUCAGAGCUUAAUAGAAGCAUAAUAAGCAAGAGAUCUUCAGCAUCAUCAUCUUCAUCAAGCCAACAAUCCCCGAGAACGAAGAGCCCUGCUCCUUUUUUAUCAAAGACUUACGAUUUAUUAGAAGAAAAUGAGCAAGUUUCAUCAUCAGGAACGGAUAUUGAUGGCAAGAAAAUUGUUUCAUGGAAUGCUGACGGAACUGGGUUCAUAGUUUGGUCUCCGGCCGAGUUCUCGGAGCUUACCUUGCCUAGAUACUUCAAGCACAACAACUUCUCCAGCUUCAUUCGCCAGCUUAACACCUAUCAGGGAUUCAAGAAAACAUCCUCCAAGUUGUGGGAGUUCAAGCAUGAGAAAUUCUUGAAAGGAAGCAGGCACAUGCUAAUGGAGAUCACCAGGAAGAAAUGCGAACCCAGUAUUUUUCCAGCAUAUCUAAAGGCUUCACAUGAAGAGAAUGCAACAACUGCUGUGGAGGAAAAUCAUCGUUUAGUACUCCUAGAGGAGAAUAAUAAUCUUAAAAGAAAGAAUUUGGAACUGCAAAUGCAAUUAACUCAAUUCAAAGCACUAGAAAUCAAGUUGUUGGAUUGCCUUGCUCAAUACAUGGGAAGCCAUCAGGACAAAAUAAGGAGGCUAUGUUAGGGGGCUUGGAAAAAUUUAGAAAAGCAAAAAUUAACAAGCAUAGCUUUGCUUUUGUUUUUUUCCCCAGCAAUUGUGCUUUUGAACUUUGUUAUAUUUAGUAUGAUGUGUAAUGUAACCAUAAUUACGUUACAUAUUUAAUUAUUUUAUUUAAUAACACAAAAAAAUUUUAUA